GGAAGACACCCCUUUCUAAGCAAUCUCACACAUUUUGAUCAACCAUCCCCUUGGUUCUUGCCCUCUUAUAAUUUCCUUCCAACCCUUUACCUACCACGACCUGUUGAUUACCCUUUUCUCCAAAUGGGAUGGCGGCUUCGCUCCAUCCUCCUCUCCCCAUUGAAGAGGCUAUGGGAUCGUCUUCACCGCAGACACAAAAGGCGUAAAGGGAUUUACAUAUUGUACAAGGAUGUGAAGUCCUGUCCAUGCGAGGACGUGCAGGUUCUGUGGUCAAUACUGGUGGAUCAGUCACACUCACAAAUGGCUUCUUCACCUGAGUGAUAUUCCUAAUAUUCCUCCUUACCUGUACAUAUAUGUUUCACUAGUUCUAUCCAUUCGGAUAUAACCCUCUUCCAUGUAAAUAAUCUUAUGUUUGAUAUAUGGAAAUCGGGUUUUAUUAAGCCAGAUUCUUAAUUUGCCUUCUUAAACUUUGUCUCUGAUCAUGCCAGUGAAGGGGAUUGCAGUUUUGCAGAGCUUGAUAAGGAGGAAAUUAAAAGAGGUUCGCAUCAUCAACCAAAUUAUGGUUUAAUUGCAUGUGUGUGAUUCAUGAAACAGAUAUCAGAGUAUGAGGAAUGUAAAACAUCGUAUGUCACAGGCAAUUCUACCACGUGUAUUCUUAUGUUAUUUUUGGAGGGAAAAGAAAUGUAAUAGUCUUCUCCUGAAAAGGACGUUUAUUCCCUCCAUAGAACUAGGAGGACAGCAGUAAUAUGUGUCCUAUAUCUUAAGGUCUAAAAAGAUAUAUUCUCCUCCAUUAAUUUCUUCUCUGUUUUUUUCACCCCAAUUGGAUACCCAUGUACCAGCAAGGUCAAGACUUCUGCUACAAAAAAAAGGGGAUUUCAACUUUUUAGUUGUUUACCUGUUUGUUUUGAGUGAAGCAGAGGGAGAACAUUUGAUACAGUCAACAAGAUUGGGAUGAAGUUUGGAGCUAUAACCCAAACUAUUUAUAUAAACUGGGGCUGGGUUUAGCAUGACCCCCAGGGUAGUUAAAGGGGAUUUGAGUAGAAGGAAGUUGGAAACUCAUUGAUGCCUCUUUAUAUUCCAGCCUCCAAAGUAGUUUUUCCGUGUAUGUAAGGGUGGGGUUGGAUGCUGCUAAGCGCUGGAAGGCGUAACUAAUAGCCUUACUGUCCACAACCUGCAAUUAUGGAAACUGAUGAUAAUGUGGUAAUCAUGUUUGUAUUUGUGCAAACAAAAAAAUAAUAAUAAUACUACCGU